GCAUUCAUUCUUGUGGCGAUAAAGUUGAAUAAAGGCGCGCAACCAAGCACUGUGUCUUCACGCUUGCACUGUGUUAGUCUACUACUCGUUACUUACUCGCAACAAACAAAUACGUAUAUGUAAUCUCACAUAUCAUCUCUCUCGAACUUUUUCUCUAACCAAACACUGUAACAGCUCUCUCUCUCUCUCUCUUCACAUUUCUCUCUUAAUCGACGGGAAUGGCCAGACCACCUGAAGAUGUAAUCGAGACCUUUAUAAGAAUCACUGGAGCGGCCGAGUCACACGCAGUUCGGAAACUGGAGGAAUAUGGAGGCAAUCUUGAUGAGGCUGUCAAUGCACAUUUUAAUGAAGUAGAAAGACCUAUUGCAAAUCCAGUGCCUGGUGUCUCUCCACAGCAUGAUUUUGUGCAAACGCCCAGUCAAAUGCAAGCUAGUUCACGUGGGAUUUUACCACUUCUCUCUGCUGCUAGAAGUUUUAAACCCUCAUCACUACUUGAUCCAAAUUAUAGGAGAAAUCUUUUGAAUCAAGUCGGUGCUUCUGUCUUCAAUAAUCAUGGGCCACUACAUUCACACACAGGAGAGUUCAACAAUGCCUACAGCCAACCUUAUCAUUCAGCACCCAGGCCUGCCUUUGGAUAUGCAGAUCAAAAUCCAUUAUCUCAUGGCCAUCAAUUUCAUGGAAAUGUCUCAAGAGAUCACGGAACUCAUUUGCAUGGUAGUGAUGUAGAAGAACAAAUGAUUCAAUUAGCCAUCGAGGCUUCAAAGCGGGAGGACUCCUUUGAUAUUCCACAAAGGCAGCUUCACAUGGAAGAUGAUGAACUUGCUCAUGCAAUGUCAUUGUCCCUGAAGACAGCAGAACAAGAAAAUGCAAUACGUGAGCAGACAGUACAAUACCAGAAACAAGUGGUAGCUCUCAAUUCACCUGGAAGAUCAGGGAAAACUACUGAUGCCAGAUGGCAGCCAGGAAGUUCAUCAUAUCAAGGGGAAGCUGAUCACUUGCAAGGGCAGUCAUUGUGGGGUGGCAUUUCUUCCAAGGAGCUUGAUGAAGCAGCUCUUCUUGAGGCAGCAAUUUUUGGUGAAACUCCUGGGGGGCAUUCAUUCCAACAUACUCCUCAUCCACAACAUGCUCCAGAUAAAAGUAGAGAUCUUUGUCCACAGCAAGUACCCAGUCGCCCAUCUCCUUCACAAAGCCAGCAGAUACGAGAACAACAGGAUGAUGAAUAUCUUGCAUCUCUUUUGGCUGAUAUAGAAAAAGAAACGAAUAUUGUCAAGGAAUCUGAAAAUAAGAUGCUUGACGGAAAAGUUGAAUCUGUGAGAUCGCUGGCCGCAAAAGAAGCUUCACUUCCUAAGGAACCAGGAAUUAAUGAUGAGAAUGCAAUAACUCUUCUUGUGCGUAUGCCAGAUGGCACCCGCCGUGGUCGUCGCUUUCUCAAGUCUGACAAGCUUCAGUUUCUUUUUGACUUUAUUGAUGUUGGUAGAACAGUGAAGCCUGGAACUUACAGGGUGGUAAGGCCAUAUCCUAGACGUGCUUUCUGCGUAGGUGAAAGCUCAUUAAGUUUGAAUGAACUUGGUCUGACCAACAAACAGGAAGCCUUGUAUUUAGAGUUGAUAUAAAGGACUUGAAAUUAAGAAAAGAUUGUGCUUGUUUAGUGAUGCAGUCUCUUUGGUUGGAGCAACAGUAAUCUGUCUAAGCUUAAAGCUGAUGUCAAUGACCGAACAAGGAAACCAAAAUUUUAAAUCUGUUUGGAAGUAGUCAUUCUUUGACAGGGUCAGGUCCUGUGAAUGCUGAAGGUCAAAAGUUUUUUGAAAAUCCACUAGUUCUGGUUAGCAUUUAUUGUUGAUCUGUCAUUGGGCGAAUGAUCCAAUGUUGGGGCGGUUGUCAUGUAGUUUCUGUUACUUUAGUGAACUAGAAAUUUACGAAAAAGAAACUUGGAUGCUUUCAACUCAACGAGACAGUAUUGAACAAUUUCAAUUUUAAAUUAAAUAAUAUUCGAUUGCAAGUAAUUAUUUGA